UCUUGUCUCUCUGAACCACAAACAUAUUCGGUUUCACGGUUUUGAGUUAUCCAAAAAUCUCAUCAUCACAUCAUGAAAACCAUCAACCUCUUGUGCGCCUCCCAAGCCUCCACCGCCGUCUCUCUUCCCACGGCGGAGCAACCCUCAUCUACCCCCGCCGUCGGCAGAGCCAUCGACCGCCACAACCCCAUCAUCGCCGACGGCAGAAGAUCAGUCACCACUUCCAGAACUUUCCCUAACCCUCCAUGCUCUUCCCAAUACUCCCCCAUCAAUCCUCUCCCUUACCACCAACUCCACCCCGCCGCCGCCGCCGCCGACCAGAUCCGCUCCGGCGGCUCUGCAACUCACAAGGGUCUGAAGAAGAAGAAGAAGAAGGGUUCCUCUAUUAUUUCAACUGACUUUGUCAGGUGGAGUUGUGCGAAGCCUAGUGAUUUGGCUACGCCACCUGGCUCGAUGCGAUACCUUUUGAACGACAAGUCGGUUCCUGAUGGGUCGACGGAUCGGCUUUCCACAUCCAUCCUUUCAAGCCAAACUAACAACAAGCCUGAUUCUGGAACUGAAAAUCGGGACGAAUCUAAACCAACGGCUGAGAUUUUGUUGGAGGACGACUGCAAAUCAUCUCCACCGUUCAAUCACGUUGUGGUUUUGAGGGUAUCAUUGCAUUGCAGAGGCUGUGAAGGGAAACUAAGGAAACAUCUUUCCAAAAUGGAAGGGGUGAACUCGUUCAACAUAGAUUUUGCAGCAAAAAAGGUGACGAUAAUGGGAAAUAUAACACCCGAGGGUGUGUUGGAAAGUGUAUCGAAGGUAAAAAAUGCUCAGUUUUGGCCAUUUGCUGAUCCGAUUUCAAAACCUGAUCCGAAUCCUCAACAAAAUGUAGCCGUCUGAUCAUUAUUUUAUUGUUGGUUAUUUUGUUUUAAAUUUUAAGUUUUUAAGUUUAUUGUUUAAUAAUGUAAUUGGUAGAAAUGCUAUGAUCAUCAUUUGAAAAUAUUAUUAAUUGA